ACAUUAUACUUUGUAUUAUAUUACCCUGGAAUAAGUUUAUAAAAACUAGUUACCACAGCUGUGAUAAGGCUUACAGCCAGGUCCGUAGCUGGUGGGGUGAAAGGUGGUAACGAUUCUAGGGGCCCAAAUGUCCAGGGGGGGCCCCCACAACAAAUUCAAAACUGUAUUAUUUGAAUAAGUAAGGGGCCCAGAAAUCCUCACUGCAGCCCUGCUUACAGCUGCUGAGAGAGUGACAGUAAAUUUGCCAUCUUCUCUCUUCUGACCAGUGACAUGCACAGACCUUAGCAGGUACAGGGGCAGAUGGACAAAAAAUGGCACUUUUAAUAGUAAUUAUAAAUGCUUAACUAAUUUCUUUGCUUUUUGAGUAUUUAAACAUUUUCUUGUAUGUAUGUAUGUAUAAGAACAAAUAUUUAUAGUACAUAAUUUUUCCUUUAUCACAAAUAAUAGCCUAUUCUGUAAUAUUUCUCACAAAAGCACCAUGGUAAUACUCCUGUUUGUUUAUUUAUUUUCAGACAUGGUCUGUGAUAACCCCGUGUUUAUGACAUGUGUCAUAAUAACACUAUGGCAUUUUUUUAAAGUACAUUGGAGUACCAUGACUGUAUCAUGAAAGAUAAACAUGAUCAAAACAUGGCAUGUUACCCUGGUAACAUGGUGUGAUGAGCAAGUGUGAGGCCAUUGACUGUUUUCUGCAAAUGCUACAGGGUCCUCGAAUAACCUAUAACAUGAGAGUAAGGGCAGCCGGUGGAGUUUCUGGUGCCCCCUAGGGAGUUGGUGCCCUAUGCAGACUGCGUAAUGAGCGUAUAGGGAGCUGUAGUACUGUGGUAGCCUAAUGUUAUUUUUCUGAAAGUGAUUAGUCUAAUGGCUUAUUUACUAAACACAUUAUUACUGUUAUUGUGAGAUUAUUACAAGAUUUAAUUUUUGUUUGAACUGUUUUAACUUAAUUAUUAGAAUUUCUCACCAUUUUCUGGAUAACCAAAAAGGCACCUUUACAUUUUUGAAUGAAAAGGGUAGGGGGUUGUGUCCCUGCUGCCCCCAUUCUGUGCAUGUCAGUACUUCUGAAGGUCUUAAUCAAUUACUCUCAAUUUUUAAUUUAUUUGGAAAGUUUUGGAAACAUAAUAUUGGUGUUUUCCUUUUGAUGUUGAAGCAAAGUAGUAAGUACAAAUAAUAUUUGCUUUAGUCUCCCGUUCACCACUAUAAGUUUACCCUAUAAUCGUUUACUUCCCUGUUCCAAAACCCAUACAAGUGCUCCAUCUUGGGAUAAACGGCCUUUGGUUGUAGGCGGAGUCAGAACGUCAUCAACAAGCGUUUUGUUUUGACGUCUUGAGAAUACUUUCGAUGUGGUUUCUUGUUAAACACGUGAACCCUAAGAAUGUGAUUUAGAUGCAUUAGCUUGGACAUCGAGAACAUGGUGAAUAUCUGAAACGGUUUUGCUUUCAUUUUUAGCCGACACAGUCAUCCUCUUCCAGGCAUUUUCCAAUUUUUCUAAAGCAGAUUAUUAGUGCUGCUGUAUUUAGAAUCGUUAUUUGAGUCACUUCAUUACCGUAAACGCUGACGAGAGAAACGAUUUUUGGCUAGUGAGCAAUACGUAUAUAGCUGCUAUUGCUCAUGGUCCAGUUGGCGAUACUGAAGUAUCGUCAGAGCAUGAGAAGUUACUUCCGUGUUUCCCCGUAAUGCAGUAGGACCAGACACGCCGUAUUAAGUGUCGUAUUAAGCCAAAUGCGCUCAUUUAAAAAAAACACAAGGAUGGGUCAGUCGACGAGUGAACACAUUCAUUUUACUUCGUGGGAGCAUGAACUCAGAACAGAUGCAUGCACAAGUAUGCAAGCUUUCCCUCUAGCAGUCGUCGAGGAGAUCUUACUGAAUCUGCCAGCACAGCAGGUGAUUCGAGUCUGUCGGUUGGUGUGUCAUGAGUGGAAGGAGCUGGUGGAUAGUGCUGCUCUCUGGAAAGAGCGCUGUCGGAGAGAGGGCCUCCUGCCGUGCAAUGCCUCAAGACCCCCUGCCAACUGGUGGAUGUUUUACUUUUUAGCUAAGAAACGACGUAACUUGCUCAAGAAUCCCAGAGCAGAAGAUGAAUUAAAUGGAUGGAAGAUUGUACUGAAUGGCGGUGACUGCUGGACAAUUGAAGAUAAUUCUGUAGACAUUCCUAAUAACACAGUCCCUAAAUGCUUUGUCACUUCUUACGGCUUAUGUAUGAAGCAGCAGCUCAUUGAUUUAAAAAAAGAAGGCUACAAUCCUGCUUUCAUGGAUCACUUACAAUCUGAAAUCAAAAUAACAGACUGGUAUGCGCCACGCUGGGACUGUGGAAGUCAGUAUAAGAUUUGUGUAGAGUUACUUGAUCAGAAGAAGAAAGUGAUGAGUACCUAUCAGCCUGAACCAGUGUUCUUUCCACAGUGGAACGAUCAGCAGUGGUGUCAAAUGACACAUGUCUUUAGGGAUUAUGGUCCUGGGGUUCGGUUUAUCCGUUUUACUCAUGGAGGGAUGGAUACACAGUACUGGAAAGGCUGGUUUGGAAUACGAGUCACUAAUAGUAGUGUGGAGAUCUGUCCAGCUGCAGAGAGAUAGUGCUGUCCAUUUUCACAUUGUUCUCCGAGUUAUAAAGGGAUAGUUCACCCAAAGUUUAAAAAAAAACUCACUUGUUUACCCUCCCUCUUGUUCUUCUAAACCAGUUUAACUCGCUUUAUGGAACACAAAAAUGUUCAGUCAACAUUCAUUUUAAUUGUAUGGAAAAAAAGGCAUGAAAGUUGCCUAACAUCUCUUUUAAUGUUUCAUGGAAAAAGUCAUACAGGUUUAGAACAACGUGAGGUUAAUCAAUAAUUAUAAAACGUUUAUUUUUGUGGGUUCAACUAUUGCUUUAAUGGUGAAUGUUUUGCAAGAAAAUUGAGCAUCUCACAAUUUUGUACAUUAUUUUCUCUACAUCUUAAAUCAAUAUUCAAUUAUUUAUAUUUAAAAAUACUUCUUGGUCCUCCUUUCUCACUAAUCCAUGCUGUUUCUUAUUCUUUUCCAACAAAUACUGUGUUGUACUGGUAAAAAGAAGCACCUUGAACAAUAUGUUAUUGUCAGCCUGAUGUCAUGAAAUGUACGCGACAAUGGCAACAUUGUUGCAAACCAAAAUGAUGUGCUUCAUUAUACGUUUGGCUGCAUUUUCCCUGUGAAAUGUCCUGUGGGGGGUGCCAAAAGAGAGUGAAAUGCUGUUGCAAUCAGACAAGGUUUUUAAGGUGAAAAUUAGAUGGAAGAAAUUUGUAAAAUGGACCUCCCUAACCUAAAACUUUAACCUAAACCUAACCGAUAGGGUUUUAAAAUUAAAAGCACAUUUACUGAAGCAACGACUUAAUUUUGUUUGACUUCACUUUCGUUUCGAGCAUCCUUGGCUGGUCUCAGGCUCAGUUUACAAGUCUGAAGUUAAACACUCUACCAGGUGAGCUAGAGUGAAGCUAAUGAUGUUGGAAUAGUUGUGUAAAUGUAGUUGGGUCUUUAAUACAAGCGUUAACAUGUAUUGUUUUUCAUAUUAGAGUAAAAGUGUGUUGAUAUAAUAAAGUAGUGAGUAAUACAAUGAUAAAUACAUUUGUAAAGUCAUACACAGCCAUCAUACUCAUGAUUUGUGUGACAUAAAUGUGUUAAAUUAAUAAAACGCUCAGUUGAUGUAGCACCUUUAAUGUUAAUUUCACCAGGAAACUGCAGCAAAACGUAGAAAGAGGCAUGUAACACUGUUUGCAAAAAUGUAGUUUUAGUAAUGUUCAUUCUAUGAGACUAGGUUGCUUAUUGUAACUUGAAGCAGAGCAGCACUGUUCAUCUUUUUCUUUCUAAGAUUUUGUUAGGGACAAAGUCUUAUUCAUAUUUUGUGUACUUUAAAUACAUAUUCAUACCAUUAAUAACUAACUAUUUUAUACAAAAUAAAAAUUAUGAGGGCCAUCAUUAAGAGCUUGUCUGUAAUUCAAAACGUUUCAACAACAUGAAUUUAUCUCAUAUCCACAUUGUGAUAUUGUACAUGCUUAUAUUGUAAAAAUCAUAAUUAAAUAUGCGUAACUGCUACAAAUGCAAAG